CUAACACUCACUCAACACCAAAGUACCAUUAAAACAACUUUUUGGAUUUUAUAUCCAAACAAUUAUUAUGGAAUUCCUUCUUUAUUUACUUUUAUUUUUCUUACUCAAUUCAAGAUUAAUCAAUGCUCAAGGUCCCCCUUCACCUGGCUACUAUCCUAGUUCUAGGGCACAAUCUAUAGGAUUUAACCAAGGUUUUAGAAACCUUUGGGGUCCUCAACAUCAAUCAUUGGACCAAAGUACCUUAACUAUAUGGCUUGAUAAAAAUUCAGGAGGAAGUGGUUUUAAAUCUCUAAAGAAUUAUCGUUCUGGUUAUUUUGGGAGUAGUAUUAAGCUACAACCUGGUUUUACUGCUGGAAUUAUUACUUCUUUUUAUCUUUCAAAUAAUCAAGAUUAUCCGGGGAACCAUGAUGAAAUUGAUAUUGAAUUUCUUGGAACAACACCAAACAAGCCAUAUACUUUACAAACAAAUGUGUAUAUAAGAGGAAGUGGAGAUGGAAAUAUUAUUGGAAGAGAAAUGAAAUUUCAUCUUUGGUUUGAUCCAACAAAAGAUUAUCACAAUUAUGCAAUCCUUUGGGACCCCAAUGAGAUCAUAUUUUUUGUCGAUGAUGUCCCUAUUAGAAGAUACCCUAAAAAAAAUGAUGCAACAUUUCCACAAAGACCUAUGUAUGUCUAUGGUUCAAUUUGGGAUGCAUCAUCUUGGGCAACGGAGGAAGGACGAAUUAAAGCGGAUUAUCGAUACCAACCUUUUAUCGGAAAAUAUAGUAAUAAUUUCAAGGUUGAAGGUUGCGCGGCCUACGAGAGUCCCUCUUGUCGUCGAGCGCCUUCUAGCUCUCCUUCGGGGGGUGGAGGGUUGAGUCGACAACAGAUAGAGGCUAUGUUGUGGGUGCAUAGGAACUAUAAGGUGUACGAUUAUUGUAGGGAUCCUAGGAGGGACCAUACUCACACACCUGAGUGUUAGUGUGUGAACGAUCGUAA